AAAAAAAAAAAAAAAAAGGAAAAGCAUUCCGUGAAGCGGUAUCGGUGGUGAAUUUAGGAACAUGAACGUUUAGCUUCCUCAGGAGCGCUCGAUGGCGGCAAUCAGGACCAUCGCCACAAGUUUCUUCCAGUCUUCAUCGUUCUCAACCUUCGUUCGCACCUGUAGCACACAUGGUCCGCGCAUCCGUCCUCCCAUCUGCUUUAUUACCCGUCCAAUCAGCUACGCUCCAAUCCGAUGUGCUGCAACAUCAGAUUCCGGCGGCGGUGGCCAUAAGAAGGCUUCGGCGCGGAUGUCUCAGGUUCAUCAACUCUUGCACGAAGCUGAGGAGAGAGCUGCCGGCCACAAUGAACCUAUUCCAACGAUUACUUUAGAUCAUGUCAGUGUAAGCUUUGCUAGGAGUGGUGGGCCUGGAGGUCAAAAUGUUAACAAAGUGAACACCAAGGUUGAUAUGAGGUUUAGCAUUAAAGAUGCAUAUUGGUUAAGUGAGAGAGUGAGAGAUAAGAUCUUGCAAAUGGAAAAGAAUCGAAUCAACAAAGAUGGGGAGCUUGUGAUUUCUUCAACAAAAACCAGAACACAAAAGGGUAAUAUCCAGGAUGCAUUGGAGAAACUUCAGGAAAUCAUUAAUGCUGCAUCUUACGUCCCACCACCCCCAUCACAAGAACAAGUAAAGAAAAUUAACAAAAUAGCUGCUAUAUCAGAGGCAAAAAGGUUGCAGAGUAAGAAGGUCCUUUCACAAAAGAAAGCAUUUAGAAGAAGCAAAGACAGUUAUGACUAAAAAUUAUUAUGAUGCUUCAACUGAAAAUACAACUCUUCAUGCAUCGUGAAUAUGUUUCUAUAGAUGUACACUACAGUAGAUAUGAAAGAGGGGAAUUGUUACGCAUAUGUAUAUUUAGUAAAGCCUAAAGCUGGUAUUCGAAUUCUGUAUAUAAGCAAUAAAGCGUUAUGCAUGUAUGCAUAUAAUAAAGCUUAAAGUAG